AUGGAUCAACAAGGCGGCCAGUCCGGGGUACCAGGCCCCGGUGGGCGCAAGCUCCAUAUUGCUCACCGGAGAAGUCCCUCUGAGCUGACUCCUUUGAUGAUGGAACAAUUGGCCAUUCAACAACAGAUCGAGCUGCUUCAGCAGCAACAGCAGCAAAUUGCAGCUACACACCAACAAUACGUAAACAUGGGACUGUUGCAGCCUCAACAGCUGGGCCAGGUUAACGCUUUCCAACAGGGUGGCAACAUGGGUGGUGUGAACCCCCAGGUCAACGCCUUCCAAUUUCCGCAGCAACAGCAACAGGGACAACAACUGAAUGUUCCCAUGAACCAGCCCGCCCAACACUCGCACCGCCGUAACCAAUCCGCCCUUCCGGGUCUCCCUAUGGGCCCACCUCCUGCCCCCUCCUCCGGAGCUUCUGGCUAUGCCGACUUCCAGCAACAAGGACAGAACCAGAAGCCUGAGAAUAACGGCCACGGCCGCGGUCGCGGAGCUAAGAAGGCAGCUGAGCUUGCUCAGCAAAAGAGAACUGCUUCUGGCUUCCAGUUCCCCGCUCCUUCCUCCGGCGGAGCCACAUCAGAGAACCAGGCCCCGUCAGACGAUAAUCCUGGCUCCAGCACCUCCCCAGCACCCCAAGGUCUUGGUAUGCAACGGGCCGGAAACAUGCGAGCCGGCGGCCACGGCCGGAGCCAGUCCAUGGCUAUCGGUGGUAACCGAGGUUCCAUUUCAGGCCGUGGUGCAGGUGGUUUCCAGUUCCCAGCACCCAGCGAUGGGGGCUCCGCUGAUAACCAGCGCCGAGGCAGUCAGCCCGGCGGCCAUGCUCGUUCGGGAUCCCGUAACUUUGAUGGCAACUGGCGCCAACCCAACAACCAGAACCAGGGUCAAGACCAGCAGAAGUCCUUUGGUCAGCAGCAGCAGCAGCAGCAACAAGGUGGUUUCCAGCCUGGUCACCGCUCGCGGGGCUCCGUCAACCAGUCGAUGGGAUCCAUCGGCCAGUUCCAAUACCCCGGCCAGCCCCAGCUUCUCCAGCUGCCACAGGGCAUGGUCAUGGCACCACCCAUGUUCGCCGGCAACCAGCAACUGAACCCGAUCCAACUUGCCCAGCUCCAGGCUAUUCAGCAACAGCAGCAGAACGGACAGGGCCUGGGCGGUCUUCAGGCUAGCCAGCACGCACCCCCUCAGCUGUCUGUUCAGCAGCAACAGCAGCAGCAGCAACAACAGCGCAAGACGCUUUUCACUCCUUAUCUGCCGCAGGCUAACCUGCCCGCACUCAUUAGCAAUGGCCAGCUUGUCGCCGGUGUUCUCCGUGUUAACAAGAAGAACCGCUCGGACGCUUACGUGACUAGCACGGACUUGGAUGCCGACAUUUUCAUUUGUGGCAGCAAGGACCGUAACCGCGCCCUCGAGGGUGAUUUUGUCGCCAUUGAGCUUCUGGAUGUUGAUGAGGUCUGGUCUCAAAAGAAGGAGAAAGAGGAAAAGAAGAAGCGCAAGGAUAUCACCGAUGCUCGUUCCGGUAGCAAUGCCGGAAACGACAAGCUUGGCCGAUCCGACUCCAAUAACGAGAAGCAAGAGAUUGGUCCGGAUGGAAGCAUCCGUCGUCGUGGCAGUCUGCGUCAGCGCCCUACCCAGAAGAAAAACGACGAUGUUGAAGUCGAAGGACAGAGUCUUCUCCUGGUUGAGGAGGACGAGAUCAGCGAUGAGCAGAAACCUCUCUACGCCGGCCAUGUUGUUGCAGUCGUCGAGCGUAUUGCCGGCCAGAUGUUCUCUGGAACUCUGGGCCUACUGCGUCCUAGCAGCCAGGCGACCAAGGAGAAGCAAGAAGCUGAGCGACAGGCCAGAGAUGGUGCCCACGGUCGCCACCAGGAUCGUCACCAAGACAAACCCAAGAUUGUCUGGUUCAAGCCCACUGACAAGCGUGUGCCCUUGAUCGCUAUCCCCACUGAACAGGCUCCCCGCGACUUCGUGGAGAAGCACCAGGACUACGCCAACCGCAUUUUUGUUGCCUCUAUCAAGCGUUGGCCCAUCACAUCUCUGCACCCCUUCGGUACUCUCGUCGAGCAGCUUGGAGAAAUGGGUGACCUGCGGGUCGAAACUGAUGCCCUGCUCCGUGACAACAACUUUGGGUCCGACGACUUCUCCGAUGCCGUCAUCAAGAGCAUUGGCUGGGAAGAUUGGACUGUUGCCAACGAGGGUGAAGCCCUGGCCUCCCGCCGUGAUUUCCGUGAAGAGACCACCUUCACCAUCGACCCGGAGAACACCAAGUCCCUUGAAGAUGCCUUCCACGUCAAGAAGCUUGCUGAUGGCAAGGUUGAAAUCGGUGUCCACGUUUCUGACAUCGCCCACUUCGUCAAGGGUAACUCUCUUGUGGACCGCGAGGCCAAGAAGCGAGGUACUGCAGUGUACCUGGUGGACCGUGUUAUGAACAUGCUCCCUCCCCGUGUCUCCAAUGAGCUUUGCUCUCUUGUUCCUGGCGAGGAUCGCCUGACAGUCAGUGUGGUCUUCCACGCCAACCUCGAAACUGGCGCCAUCGAUGACGACGUCUGGAUCGGCAAGGGUAUCGUUAAGAGUGCAGGCCGUUUCAGCUACGAGGCUGCCAACUCGGUCAUCACUGGCAAGUCUAGCGUGACCGGUACUGAUGUUUCCCCUGAGAACAUUCAACUCCUGAGCACUGUUGCGAACAAGUUCCGGGAUGCUCGUUUCGGAAACCGUGUUGCGGACGUUCCUCCAUUGCGUCUGAUCCAGCAGCUUGAUGAUGAGAAUGUCCCUGUCGAAUUUAACAUUUUCGACUCCAGCCCGGCCCAUGAACUGGUCGAGGAGCUGAGUCGCCAGGCCAACUACUUUGUUGCGCGUAAGCUGUCCAACGCCCUGCCCGACAAGGCCUUCCUGCGCCGCCAGCCGUCCCCCAACUCUCGCCGCCUCACCUUGUUUGUUGAGAGAAUGAACCGCCUCGGAUACAACUUUGACUCCUCUAGCAGUGGAAGCCUGCAGAGCGCUCUGUUCAAUGUCUCCGAUGUGGACCUCCGUAAGGGAAUGGAAACACUCCUUACCAAGGCCAUGCAGCGUGCUAAGUACUUCGUUGGACCCGGCCCUGCCGAUGAACAGCGCCAGCACUACACCUUCAACGUGGCCGUUUACACUCACUUUACCAACCCCUCUCGUCGCUAUGCCGAUGUGCUCGUUCACCGCCAGCUUGAGGCUGUCCUGUCAGACGGCGCCAUCGAGUUCACUGAUGAUAUCGAGUCACUGAACAAGACUGCCGAUCUGUGCAACAAUAAGAAGGACUCAGCUCACAACGCCCAGGAGCAGAGCGUUCACAUUGAAGCUUGCCGCAACAUGGACAAGAAGGUUCAUGAGAUCGGUGGCGACCUUAUCAGCGAGGGUAUUGUUCUUUGUGUGUACGAGUCUGCCUUUGAUGUUCUGAUCCCCGAGUAUGGCUUCGAGAAGCGAGUGCACUGUGAUCAGUUGCCUCUCAAGAAGGCCGAGUUCCGCAAAGACUCGCGUGUGCUCGAACUCUACUGGGAGAAGGGCGAUGAGCGCCCCAAGCCCGCUAACUCUCGCGCUGCUCAAGCGGCUGCUGCCGCUCGUGAGGCGGAGGCUGCCAAGGAGCGUGCCCGUGAGCGCGACGAGGCCAUGCGUAAGCAGACGGAGACUGGUACCAUGUCUGCGGACGAUGUUGACGCUCUUUUCGAUGACGAUGAAGAGGAUGUCGACGAGGUGACUGAACAAGUUGCUGGUGUCUCUCUGAACUCGACUGACCGAUCGACCCAGAGCAUGCCUCCGUCGCCUACUCGCAACGGCCACCACCAGCAGGGACCUCACCGCACUCGCUCCGAUCCUAAGAUCGCCUCGAGCACCAGCGAUGCUCCUGAGAACAAGCUUACCAACAAGGAGAAAUACCUGAAGCUGUUCAAGCUGAGAGAGGAGGACGGAGAGUUCAUCCAGGACGUCACUGAGAUGACUCGCGUUCCGAUCAUCCUGAAGACUGACCUGAGCAAGAGCCCACCAUGCCUCACUGUUCGGUCUGUCAACCCUUACGCCCUCUAA